AUGGAGGUAAUGGAAGAAGGAAAUCUCAUGGACAGGAUUCCGAUUCUGCUCCAGCGAGACUUGCAAUACUACGAGGCCAACCAAAAGGUUCUGCAGGAAAACAUCUGUCCUGGCGUAGUGGGUGGCAAGCUAGAUUUCCCGCGCUCUGCCUCAUUCGCAUCGGUGAAGAUCGUAGUUUGGCUAGAGGAUGAGUAUUUUGCGGCUUAUCGGAAAAAUUCCGGUUUGUUGCAUCUGAGUGACGUACUGCAGGAUCAUUACGGCAAAGACACCGACGAAGCCGCUGGGUGCGGUGGUAUAGUUAAGUCUUCGGAUCCGGAGAAAUUUGUCCUGUUAGUGGUCAAAUCGGUGGACAAUCUGCUGGAACAUCUCCACACUUUGUCACAGGAAGCUCUGGAUCAUGCCGACCUAACUGUGCUGACGGCCACGAUCGGCGCAGCUGCUUUAGUCAAAAAUAGUCUAUUUGUUUGGCUCGGAUGCGUUACGAAGAACGUUUGUCCACCGAAAGGUGACGAGAAGGGUGGUUCACUAAAAAUGAGCUACAAACAAUAUUCCGAGAUGACGGAGGCUUUGGCUGAACGACUGCUCGAUCUUCACUGCCGUUUGUUGACUCUUUAUAUUACCCAGGACUCCGAUUGUUUACACUGGGAAAGUCAACAUCCAUUUUUCGAGUCAGAGCGUGGUUCUUACACCAUUCAAAUGUGGUGGCUUUAUAUGCAAGGUACAAAACAGGACUUGUGGAAUUCCGUACCACCAACCAUGGCACAGCGUGUCUUCGCCGGGAUGCUAAAUGAGACGCUCACCGUUCUAACCGUUCGUUAUACUCAAACGGUUCCAAGUCGUGCUCGAUCGAUGCUUCUUUUGGUGGACAUUUCCAAUAUCUUGCUCUGCGUUGGCGAGCUACUGCCGGCCAUCUGUGAAAAUGGUGAAGCCUUUGUUGGACUCAACAUAACCAGCCAGAGCAAGAUCAUUCGAGACAUCCACUCGAAGUGUCAGGAACUUUUCUGCUGCUUGUUAUUGCGAGGUGUGCCUUUGGGCGUUCUUUACAAGAUAACCAAAAAGGGUGUCAAUUCAAUCGCCAUGUUCAACCAACGUCAGGGGCUUAUUACACCGUGGACUAUUUUCGUUAUGCCGAAGCUAUUUCCUACCAACCAGAAUGGCCAUUGGGCCACCCGUUGCUCCGAACUUCCCACCAAUACAGCACUUUCGCUAGAUUUGAAGGUCCUACUGGCAGCUCCUCAGGCAAACUGGUGGCUGCUGUUGAAAGUUCUUCUCAUGCGAGAUGCCCAUCUGUCGUCGAUGAUUUUUCAUCAUUUGAUCAAGAAUUUGCCUUCGUGCGAUAAUUUCAUAACUAGCUCGAAACAACCGUCCAUCAAUCGAGAGAGCAUGUCAAAGAAAUGUGAAGGCUUCCUGUGCGGUUUGGAGUGCAACGAUAUCGUCCAGUGGUCAUUGGAACAGCAAGAUCCAAUCGGACAAACCAAUUACCAGGUGCUCAUGGGUUUAACCUACAUCGUUAUCAUGGCCGGUAAAACAUCUGACGUCAACAAAACCCUCAUAUCCGCUUUGGAAAAAAGCAAAAUGAACGAUUGGGCGUCCUGUUUGGAUCGCCGACAGGUUUGGAAUCAGAAACGUCCACCAUGGCUGGAAGCCAUUCUGCACCUCAUCUAUCCGAUUUUGGAACCGAUAAUUGUUAUGCUCGUUUCGGCGGUUCAGACUACGGCAAGUGUCUACCAGGCAAUGUCGCUUUCUUUAUCGUGCUUUUCGGAAAUGUGGGAUUGUAUUCCCGACUGUCUUUACACCGUGGUCAGCUGCUUGACGGAAAUUCUACCGGCUGAGAUUCGACCCCUCGGUGAUUCCGUGCUGAUUCAACUAUUGUAUAUCGCUCUCUAUUCAAAGUUGUUGGAAGCAGCUGAAAGUGAAACGGAAGCUGAGUUGAAAGAGCAACGAGAGCCAAAAGACGUGCAACCUUCCACUUCCGCAGAAGGUGUUGUUUCCACGGUUAACGUAAAACCGAAAUCGGUAAUUUGUCAAACUUUGGCCGAGGCAAUAUGUUUCAUUGACGAGGAUAAUAAGCAUACGGAACAGAUAAAUUCGCUGAUCAAUCAAGCCCGGGAGAGUCAGCGAGCAGCGAACACAUUGGACAAUGAAAUGGAGGAAGCUGUUGGGUUGAGUUUUGCCAGUACUUCUAAAAUUGAAGAAUUGGACGCUUAUGUUCACAAUACACCGAGUGUUCGUUCCGAGGAAGAAUUUGACGUUGAGAAUGCGGAGUACAUUGCAGAAAUGCUGGUUAGCGACAUUUUAGUGACGGGAGUUGGAAAGUUGAGUAUGAAGAUGAUCUAUCAAUACAUUCGUAAGAAUUUCGAAUGGAUUCUGCAGCAGCUUGGUGUCAGCGAUGUGGAAACCAAUCCGCUUCAGAGAAGUCCGGGACAGAGUAUAAAAGAAGAACAGCAAACGCUGAUCGACGUUAUGUUCCACAUCGGAAAUCAAUCGUUCGAUCAGCUGCUUAGUGGCCAACUGGAUAUUGAUUACAACAGCUGGUUCCAGACGCCCAUGUCGAUGAGCGCGGAAAAAGCUUGGCUGCAGGUAUGCCAACGCUGGGAAUUCCAGCCUACCGCUAAGCUGUCCGUUCACGAGGCUUUGAUGGUUUCAUUUAUUACGGCGCAGUUGAAGCCGUAA